GUGACGCAAUGCCUGAAGAAUCCAUCUGGCCAGAAGACGACGAAGCUUUCCCUGGUCUGUCGGAGGAGGAAAUCCAAGUCCCGGGCCGAGCGGAAAUGAAUGAUUUCGCUCGAGAGGAAAAGGAAAACGCCAUUGCUGUUGCACGACGAGAACUCCUUCCGCCCACGAGUCGCCGAAGCAAGCAAGGGAAUCUGCAGAGAAAAAAUCCUCCUUUGGUACGGCAAGCAAAUGCCACAGCGGCUAAAAACCAACAGAGAAAUGCUCCCCUGCAAGGAUAUCAACAAAGAAACGUUCUGUUGCAAGUAAACCAGCAAAGAAAAGUCCCAUCGCAGGGGAACCAACAAAGAAACGUCCCUGCGCGAAUGAACCCCCAAAGAAACAUCCCUGCGCAAAUAAACCAGCAUAGAAACACUCCUGCACAAAUAAACUCUCAAAGAAACAUUCCUGCGCAAAUAAACCAACAUAGAAACACUCCUGUACAAAUAAAUUCUCAAAGAAACAUUCCUGCGCAAAGAAACCAGCAAAAAAUCGUUCCUGCGCAAAUAAACUCUCAGAGAAACAUUCCAGCGCAAAGAAACCAACAGAGAAACGUUCCAUCGCAAAUAAACUUUCAAAGAAACGACAAUAUCCCAGUGUUAACGUCCCUGUCCCCGACCUCUCGUAAUGUAACUUCGCCUGAGAGUAAUGUGCUCUUCAUUACAGCUGUUCCGAGGUGCGGCACUGUUACCCUGGGUGCUCUGUUACGCAGGUUGUCCUCCGAGAACAAGUUCCUCCUCGAGACGCCCCACGACGACGUCAAACCCUGGAUGACAAACGGGGAAAAGCAAUCCCUCCUGCAGCACCUUCGGGACCUGUCGAAGGGGGCUCCUGUGGCUUACCUGCGACAUCUCCUCUUCUUCGACGCUGCCAGAAUCGGUAUCUUGAAGCCAAUCUGGAUGGCCAUUGUGAGAGACCCAGUCGAGAGACUAAUCAGUCAGUUUUACUACUUGAGGAAGGUGUCAACUGACAGCUAUGUCAAGUCACUGGAUCUGAACUCCUGCGUGAGAGCAAAGAAUCCUCUGUGCUUUUACAAUGCAGGAAGCAGGAAGAUGCUACAACUUUCCUUCUUUUGUGGUCACAAUAAGAAGUGUAUGGAAGUGGGGGACCGACGAGCCCUGCAGAUGGCCAAGUAUCACGCCGAGACGUUCUACAGCGUCGUGGGCGUGCUGGAGGACAUGAGCGCCACCUACAGGGCCCUCCGCCACUACCUGCCGAGGUUCUUUCAGCGGAGCUUCAGGGCGGAUAUCGUAACAGAGAACCAGCGCUACAACGCCCACGAGACGGCCCGCACGCCCCCGGUCCUCAACGCCACUAAGGCCCUUAUGAAGUCUUUCCUGAAGGAGGAUUACGAGCUCUAUCACUUCCUUCGUCAGAGACUGCACCUUCAGGAGAAGACGGUGUAGGAUCUUUUUUUCUUUUCUUUUCUUUUCUUUUCUUUUCUUUUCUUAUUAUCCUGCUCUCCUUUCAACCUCCUUUCUCUCUCUAUCUCUUUCCUUCUCUUUUUCUUUCUCUCCCUCUCCCUUUCUCCCAUCUCCUCUCCCUCUCACUCCUGUUCUCCCCUCCUCCUCUUUUCUCUCCUUCUCUCUCUCCCUUUCCCCCUCUAUCCC